GGGAGGAGGAAGUGGGGGAGGUCUGGCCUGGAGGGGAAAAGUAAGGGGCUGAUUAAAGUGAGGCUGACCCUGAAAAACGAACAGUUUUCCAUCCACAUACGACAGAAAGCUCAGGAGACAUUAUUAGUCAUGGUCCCCACCCAAUGACAGUGACUUGUCCACCAUGGAGAUGCUGGCCACGGUGAUGGGGUGGAAAUGUGCCCCAGGCCAGGCCCCCACCCAACUCCACCCCGAGCAGCUGCAUGUGGUUGGGCAGGUCCUUUAACUUCUUUGGGCCUGCCUCUUUAAACUGUCAGUAAAAUUGUUAUGAGGAUUAAAUGAGCCUCACUUUUCUCAUCUGCAAAAUGGUAACGAUGACACUUUCCCUAGAGGGGCUAUGAAGAUGAAAUGAAAUAAUAAGCAUGGCAGGUGGUCCUGGUGCUAGCCUCGCAGCUCACCUGUUCCUAGAGCAAUGUCUUCCCAGCAGCAGCAGCAGCAGCAGCAGCAGCACUGCCCACCCGAGAGGGCCCAGCAGCAGCAAGUGAAGCAACCUUGUCAGCCACCCCCUGUUAAAUGUCAAGAGACAUGUGCACCCAAAACCAAGGAUCCAUGUGCUCCCCAGGUCAAGAAGCAAUGCCCACCGAAGGGCACCAUCAUUCCAGCCCAGCAGAAGUGUCCCUCAGCCCAGCAAGCCCCCAAGAGCAAACAGAAGUAAGGAUGGACUGGAUAUUACCAUACUCCACCAUCCUGGCUAUCAGAUGGAACCUUCUCUUCUUCCUUCUCUUCUUCCCUCCAGCUCUUGAGCCUACCCUCCUCUCCCAUCUCCUCCUGCCUAAGAUGUAAGGAAGCACUGUAAGGAUUUCUUCCCAUCAUACCCCUCCCCACGCAUACCACCUUGGCUUCUUCCAUAUCCCACCCUGAUGCUCUCCCAGGUAGGCAUGAGAGAGACCUCAUCCUCUCCAGGCUCCAGCAUGGCCACAGCUAAGGCCCAUCCAUUCCCCAAAGUGAGGAAAGUGUCUGGGCUUUUUCUGGGGUUCCACCCUGACAAGUAGGGUCACAGAGACUGGUGCACAGUUUCUGCCUCAUUCCUUUCCCUGAUGCCCCCUAAUCUGGGCUUCUCUCCUAUUUUCCCCAAUAAAUAAUGUGCUUCAUGUAAUAAAUGUGUCUGCUUCC